GGUAAAAUGUCCUCUGCAGUUUGCACUCUGUGCAUUGCGUCUCCGUCCAGUUGCUGUGUCAAACACUCAAUUCUCAAAUCCACUGUCAUAUCACACUCACCUCAUCGGAGUCAUUAGAAGCUCAUAAGUGCUCCCAACUUCAUCUUCAUAUUUCUCGUUGAGCAUUCCAAUCAACACGGAUGACGCUUCAACUUGCAUUGCCGCCGUCACAGCUGCCCAGGCCCUACAGCUGUCCGCCGCUCCUCCGCCUCUCUUCUACCACUCCCACUGGCCGCUGGUGGUCAGCGGUUGGUGAUUCUCCUCCUCGUUCGUUGUCCUUCUCCUCCAUCCCGCCAAGUCUCCAUCUUCACACUCAUCUCUCCGAGGGGUGCUCUUUCAUCCAAGCUGCUUGGACCCGAAGAUCUCGAAGUGAAGCUGCAAAGAAACCUAACAGGAAAUCAUGGAAGCAGAGGACAGAUAUGUACAUGAGACCGUUCUUACUAAACGUUUUCUUUUCAAAAAGAUUCAUUCACGCUAAGGUGAUGCACCGAGGGACAAGCAAAGUGAUCUCUGUCGCUACCACAAACGCCAAGGAUCUUCGAAACUCUCUCCCCUCCCUGACAGAUCACAAUGCUUGUAGAGUCGUUGGAAGGCUUAUUGCCGAGCGAUCAAAGGAGGCUGAUGUGUAUGCAUUGGCUUAUGAACCAAGAAACAAUGAAAGGAUUGAAGGUAAACUGGGUAUUGUUAUCGAUACCAUUAAAGAAAAUGGAGUAAUUUUUGUUUGAGUUCAUUCCCUAUCAAUAUAUAUAUUGGUCAGAACUUCAGAUGUAGCCACCUUAAAUGAAUAUUCUAAUUUACAAAAGACCAUGCUGUGUAUAUUGUUUCCUUAGCUAGUUGAAUUACUAGUGUUAUUUCUCUGAGUUCUGCUGACGAGUGUUUUCGAAACACUUAGAUUUUACAAAUAGUUUGUAGUCACUAGUCUCAAGCCAUUGACUUCUAGAAUGGAAGGCUGGGUGUUUGCUUAUUUACAUUUGUCUCAAACUUUAGGAGACGAUAGGAAUGAAGGUUGGGGACAGAAACAAGAGGCUUCAAGGGGAAAUGCCCAUUGCUGGUAGCAUUUCAUAAUUUUAUUGGCAUCAUGUCUUUUAGAAUGAUGAAUAUUAACACAGAUAUAUUAGGUGUGA